AUGUGCUCAUCGUAUUCUACGCCUGCUGCUAGUGACUAUCAACUUGUUAAUCAACGAAAGCGAGCUUUGGUCAUCGGAGUAAGCCAAUACGAGGAUGGAUCCAACCUAAGCAAUCCCCGGAAUGACGCCAACGACAUGGCUAAUGCGCUGGAAAAGAUUGGCUUUAUGGUAAUGAAAGGGAUCAAUUUGAAGUCAGAUGAAAUGGACGCUAACAUAUCUAGUUUCGUACAGUCGAUACAAGGAACAGAUAUGGCUUUGUUUUAUUUUGCCGGACACGGUUGCCAAUGGGAAGAUCAAAACUUUCUCAUUCCUUCCGAUAAUACAAAUCUGUCGGGACCAAACAUUAAGCGUCGUGCAAUUAACGCUCAACAUGUAUUAGAACAAAUAACGAAGAGAAAUCCGUACGUGGCAAUAUUUUUAUUGGAUUGCUGUAGAAAUUAUCACCUUAGACAUCCACAGCUUAGUCGUGGUGAACAAAAUAGAGGACUAACGGCCAUGUAUGCUUCGUCUGGCUCACUGGUUGCUUUUGCUUGUGCACCUGGACAAACGGCUUCAGAUGGCUCGGGAAAAAAUGGACUCUUCACCAAACAUUUGCUUCAACACAUCACCACGCCUAACGAAGAUAUUCAAAUGUUACUCAGAGAUGUGAGCGACGGGGUAGAGCAGGAAUCAAGCGGUCAGCAGAUACCGUACCAGAAUAGUUCAUUGAGACGACGAAAUAUCUAUAUUAAUGCCGCUGAUUCAGGUAAGAUUUCUUUUACCGAAGUAAAACAAAAUUCGCUCCAGAGACAGCCUUCCAAUAUGUAA